AUGAACGCCCUUAAGUCUAUGUACCACAAAUGUAUGGACGAAAAGGAUCUAGACGAAAAGGAACUAAACAGGACAGGGUCCAAGAGACUGCUGCAGACCAUUAGUAGUUACGGUGUGUGGCCCAUGGUGGAUGGGGACGACAAAUGGCGAGUAGAAAACUUUGAUUUGACUUCGUUGAUGAUUCAUGUUAGUGAAGUGAGAGGACUCGACGUCUUCAUUGCCACUGAUGUCUCGCUCGACGAUAAAAACGUCUCCAGAAGGCUUAUCGAGGUGAGAAUGGGUUGCAACUGA